GCCACUGAAAAGCGGGAAAGACCCCCUUCAUUUUUCCCCCCGGAAAAAGAAGUGUAGUCUAGCGGAUAUUGGUAAAUAAAAUAUUAUGUUAAGCAGAAGUGCUGUAAAAAUGUCAAUCAUUGCAAUCGCGGUGAUCACACCUUAAAACAAAAUGCCGGUAUGAUUGAAUUUCUACACUGCGGUGAUUGAACGUAGAUGCCCUGUUGGUAUGCUGCCAGAAGUGUGAUACACUCUUAACUGCAGACACUUUACCGCUCACUUAGCUGAAUGAUGGAUCGUCAUGGGUGUGCACUGCUUUUGUUAGGUCUUUGUUGCACUGGCUUGAUCGUUUGCCAGUGCGGAGAGGAUUCGCGCCCGAAAUUCAAGUUUUUGGUCUACACAGGAGGGGAGGAUGGCAGCCAUCACAUGCAGACCAUAAAUGUAGCGAAGGGUUUGAUAAGACAGGGACACAGCGUCACUUUCCUCCUGAGUAGCAGCUGUACCAAGUGGCUUCAUGAAGGUGAUGCCUACCUCUUCAACUUCAUCGUCUACCGAUCAUCUUUGACGACCGAGGAGCGGGAGGCCAUCUCCGAAGAGUUCUCCGUGGGCGUCAUGACGGGGGAGCUGGGUAGCCUAGCGGGGUUCAUGAAGGCCACACUCCGUGGAAUGAUAGAUGGGAACAGACGGCGUAAUCGGCCCCUGAAUCUGUUACUCAACGAGUGCGAUGAUUUGUUGGGAGACGCGGAAGCCAUGCACGCCAUACGAGAGGGACAAUUCGACAUGCUAAUUGGUGAUGACAUGACUGGGUGUAAUCCCCUACUUGCCAAUAAGUUAGACAUCCCAUUUGUCCUGUACGGAUGCACUGCUGUUAAACCCACCAAACUACAACUACUAUAUGGGCUGCCGAAUCACCCAGCCUACAUUCCAGAACGCCAGCUAGGUCUGACCGAUAACAUGACGCUGCUCCAGCGCUCGACCAACACGUUGAUGUCCUUGCUAUACGGAGGCUUGUACUCGCUACAUAUGUGGUGGGGUUUCUCUGCCCUGCAAGACAAGCACGGCAUAGCUCCAAACACACCCACUCUUGAGCUGAUGGGACGGGCAGAACUCUGGAUCAUAUCCAACGAUUUUGUGCUGGAGUUUCCGCGCCCAUUGCAGCCCAACGUGAUUCUCGUGGCGCACUCGUCCAUUGGCAUUAGCGAAGAUCGGGAGGUACCGGAGGAUCAACUGGAGUUUCUUGAAGGAUCGGAUGAUGCUGGCGUGAUCCUGUUUUCUCUCGGUACUCACGUGAUCAACAUGGAAGUCGCUCGUGCUGAGAUGCUCGCUCGGGGGUUAGCCAUGCUACCUCACAGGGUGCUGUGGCAUUUCCCUGGUAACACGUCGCAGCUUCCCAUAGGAAACAACACUAAGGUCGUCGAGUGGAUGCCAAUGAAGAAGAUAAUGGCUCAUUCGAAAGUGAAAGCAGUGCUGUGCCAUGGUGGCUCCGGUUUACUGCACGAAGCUAUAUGGUUUGGCCUACCUUUUGUUGGUAUCCCACUUUUUGGGGACCAGUUUGACAACAUGGUCCGUGCUGUGCACAAAGGUUUCGCCAUCUCAUUAGAUUUGUUCGACAUGACGGAGGACACCCUGUAUCACGCAGUCACCCGUGUCACUCGGGAACCAAGCUUUCGGGAAAAUGCGAGGAAAACGUCUGCCAUUCUCCGAGACGACUUUCUGAUUCCCACUGACAAGGCGGCCUACUGGAUCGCCCACGUGACCCGGUUUGGCGGGAAACACCUGCGACCAAAAGUCCUCGAUCUGAACUUCGUCCAGAGAAACCUGCUGGACGUGUACGCCUUCCUGCUGACCGCUGGGUUUCUGUCCGUGUGGCUCGGUAUCUGGGCUUGUCGAAAAGCCGGCAGGCUGCUCGCGCUGUCGUGUUCGAAACUCGUGAGCGGAACGAGAAAUGAUGAUAGGAAAAAUAAAUAGAUAAGAAAAGUGCUGGUUGAGAGCGAUCCUGUUAAUUAAAUCAGUCGCACGUAUAUUGAUACUGCCUGAUACACCUCGAGACUGAUGUGAACAUUUCAGAAUUAUUUCAGGAGCAAAUCAAUGGCAGUGUAUUACAGGAUUUGAUAUCCUGUAUAACGGCCUAACAUAGGCCGCUAUACAGCCGAAACCUGAGACAAAGAUGACUUUUUGGGGGUGGGGGACCCGGCUUCGUAAGUUUUCUCAUAAGUAGAAAGCGGUCGACCUGAUAAAGCAAGCGAGAUUUCAACCUUACCCCAUGGGUGCACUAUUAAAGCACACAUCGUUUAUCGAUGCAUUUUAUGUGACAUGGAACAGGCACAGUACAGAAUCUUUCAGGAGUGCUUAAAGUUUAAGGUGAUGACGAUUGCAACCAUAAGUAUGAUUGGUUCUUGCUGGGAAACAAAUGAAGUCUUUUUCAAGACGGAAUUGGGCAACAUUCGUUGUACAUGGACCCCUUAUGAGCACCAGAGACGCAUAUUUAGUAUGUUAUUAGGAUUGUGCCUCCACAAUAUUGUAUUUUGCUUUCUAUUAUGUUAUUGUUCAGUAUGGAAAUAAAUGUAAUAUUGAAUUGAAUUGAAUAUAGAAACGCAAACAAUAAAUUUGAAUUCCACAAAUAAGGAUUGUGCACAACUUUAAGCUAAGCUUUUUGCACGCGAAAAGGUAACUCGGUGGCACUUUGAAUUUAGUUUGAAGCACUAAAACAAAACUUUGUGAUAAGACAAAACUUUCAAAAGAGCAAACUUUUGCUCAGUUUAAAGCAAAGGUUGUGGGCGUUAUAUACAUUACAAAUCAUGGGAGGUGUGUAAUUUAUACGAUUACGAGUACAUGAAAGUAUGGCAGUGUCGAGAAUCGAAUUGACAACGUAAUUGCCAUUAGUUAAUUGCAUACAGUUAUCAAAAGAGACAAACCCGGCCGCUAUCAAUGACGCCACCGUGACAUUAUCAAAGGAAUAGGCCCAAUCUUCUCUUGGUUCCACAAAUGACAGCCUUUUACAAAAUGUGCAGUCGCUUUUGUGGGACAGCAAACAGGCCACACGUGGGGAUAUAAUUUAUGUUGAUUUGAUAUCGCUGUCGAAGAAAACGAUGUGCGCGAUCAUUCAGGCAGCUAUUAAGCUCGAUGAUGACAAGCCCGCUGGAACAAACUUUUGCCAGGGGGUGCUGGAAUUUCUAAAGGAUGGACCAAAUUAAUGCGAACGCGUAGCGCAUAGCCCUUACGGCGUGGCUUAAAGGGCUCCUAAAAGUUUUUGGAAUAUGCAUGCUCUGUGGUGCAAUCUGAGGCAAUUCCUGGCCAAUUUAAUAUGACUUUUUUAGCAAAAAUGUUUGAGAUUAU